UUAGUCUGCACGGAGCCACUACUUUGAUCGGCUGCUACUACCUAACAAUUAAUUUUUAAUUUAAUAAUACCGCAUUUAACUCAGUAUUUUUCCUUAUUGCGAUAAUAGGUAGGUACCUACAUUGCAAUUGCAAUCUGAAGUAAAACAUAGUACCUAACCAAAGUUUUCAUGUAACUUAUUAGUAGUGUUCAGAAAAGUGUCAUUUACUUCGCCUAUAACAAUAAAUUGGUAUCAAUUUGUUAAUGAUUAUUAUCCUUUAAGGAUAUAAACCCGAACAAUUUGGAUGAGCUUUUAUAAAGUGCAAUGGAAUGUGGAAUUGAAGAGCCAUGUGUUUUUCAAGUGGAACUUUCCUGAAGAUUUUUAGCCGGUUUAUACUGAAGAGGCGCUUAGCUCGUAAGCAGAAGAAAUAUAAACGGUUUGAUGCAAAGAAACUCAAGGUGACAUGGCGAAAGACGCGUUGAUUUGGUUUUUCAUUACCAUCAGUAUGUUUCGCGCAAGUUAUCCUGAGCCUUUGGAAUACAACGGGCUGUGUAUGAAUAUGGUAAUACAUAGAGAGGAGAAUUUGUCUAAAUUAGAGAACUGUACUGUAGUGAUUGGGAAUCUAGAAAUAGAGAAUCACGAUUUUAAGAACAUUUCGUUUCCUAAAUUGACAGAGGUGACAGGAUUUAUGGUUCUUUACCAAGUAUUUGGCUUAGAGACUCUGGGAAACUUGUUUCCGAAUCUGGCCCGGAUUCGAGGCAACAGUCUUUUGAAUAACUACGCGUUGAUUGUGUACGACGUGAGCGAUUUGCGAGAGGUGGGCCUGCAUAACCUUCUCAAAAUCGACAGGGGCGGAGUGAUAAUUUGGGGCAAUCCCCUAACAUGCUUCGUAGACACGAUCGACUGGGACGCCAUUGCGCCGCGAUCACGGCACGUCCUCAGUAUCCCAGACAGGCAGGCCCUGUGUAAUUUCCCGUGCACCUGCUCCGACGUAUCAGCUCGGAAUCGCUGUUGGAACAACAGAAAAUGCCAGCGUUUCCUCGAAGGACCGGAGGGCGAGGAUUGCAACAGCCAGUGCCUCGGCUGUCGGAAUACGAAUCACAGCAGCUGCUCCUUGUGUCGGAAUUACUCGUACAGAGGCGAAUGCGUCCCACGUUGUCCGGAUGAUACUUUCAUUUUAUCAGCAAGUAAUUAUUGCAUUACAAAAGCCGAAUGUUUACAAUUGAGUCAUUGGAUUUUUAAUGAAUACUGUGUCUCCGAAUGUCCCGAGGAUUACAAAGAGGAAACAAAUAAUGGAACUGUCAGCUGUGUGUUUUGCAAAGAUUGCCAUUUGAUAUGUAACAAUCUAGACAUACAAAGCUUAUCAAAAAUUCAGGACGCGGAAAGAUGUGUUUACGUUCACGGAUAUUUAAAGAUCCACAUUUGGUCAGAACCGCAAAUAGUUGAUGAACUUAAUUACUACUUGAAAAAUAUUGAAGAAGUAUCAGACUAUGUCCUUAUUUAUAGUUCUAUGCAAAUUACUUCUCUACAUUUUCUUUCAUCUCUCAAACGUAUUAAGGGAGAGAAAUUGUACAAUGGCAGCUAUAGCUUUGUAGUACACAAUAUGCAAAAUCUCCAGAGCCUGUUCUUACCAAAUGUAACACAAAAUCUUAAAGUGGAUAACGGUUUUCUUGGUAUUUACCAAAACAGAAUGUUGUGUAUGACAGAAAUUGAAAAAUUGAAAUCAAAAUUUCCCAUUGGACCUCCAGAAAUUGAUGUUUAUUCAGAUCGAUUAAAUGGCUACGGUGCAGGAUGUGGAGAAAUAUCUGCUAAUCUAACGAUAGAUGUAAAGAACGAAACAUUUGCUAUAGCAACGUUUUAUCCAUCAAAGGAAAGUAAUGUCCAUUAUUCCCUUCUAUAUGUAAAAAUAUCACAUGGAUCACAUAUAUCUAUUGUACCAGAAUCAUGCAGUGAUGCUGAAUGGUCUGCUGUUGAUAUACAGAAUACAAAUGAAAAAGCUGUCAAAAUUGAAUUAUCAGCUCUGAAACCUGCUACAACUUAUGCUGUUUGUAUAGAAAAAUAUAACACAAAAUCUCGACAUCUCGCGCGAAGCAAUAUUACUAACUUUACGACUGCAGUUGGUAAACCUGAACUACCGUUUAUAUUAGAACUGGUAGCCUCAUCAUUUAAUGCCAUUGUUAUAAGAUGGGUAAAUCAUUUAGAUUAUCGACCGUUUAUAACAAAAUAUGAACUAGAUGUUAUACUUGUUGAUAUUGACGAUCGUGAUAUUAGUGUGCGUGACCAUUGUGUAUUGAUGGAUGAUGAUUUAUUUGAAAUAGAUUAUUCACGACAUGCAAAAGUAAUGCGGCCCCCAAAUAAUUAUGAAAAAGGAUGUGAGUCUACGUGUGGUAUCCUCUCGUCAGUCACUAAAGGAUCAAUGGUCGAAGAGUACUUUGACGUUUGUAGUGUGAUAAAUGGUUGUGACUAUGAGAACGAUAGACCUGGAAAUUCAAGUUACCGCGAUAUUAUUCAGAGUUUGAUUUUAGAUUUAAUCGAUCAUAAAAAUAACAGCUAUCAAGUGGCUGAUUUACUCCCAUACAGAGAUUAUAGAUUUCAUUUAAGAGCGUGCACUGCGGAUCAUUGUAGCAGAUCUGCUAGAGGUGUCGUUAGGACUUUGCGUCUAGACAGUGCUGAUGUAGCUUCUAUCACUGUUGCUAAAGCUAACAAAUCAGGUUAUAUUGAUGUAAAAUGGAAUCCACCGUUACAAACAAAUGGACCUUUGCUAUCAAAUACAAUUGAAGUUUAUUCGGACGCACAAAUUUAUGAUAUUAAACAUUUGCUACCUCAAACCUUGUGUGUUCCCGGAAAUGCAACAAGCUCAAUAAUGAAAUCUAAAGUUGCUGAGAAAUAUUUAAUAAGAAUAUGCACCACGACACUUGGUAACACUUACAUUUGCAGUGAGUGGAAGAAAGUUUUGGUAUCUACGGAGAAUGAAUCGUCUUGGUGGUGGUAUGGGAUGUUGCUUGGUAUUAUAUUGCCAAUGUUUUCCUGUAUUUUAGGUUGGCAUCUGACUGUAAGGAUUAAAGAAACUGAAAAUAUACCAUUGGUUGAUGCUACGUUUACUAUGCGACAAGAAUCAGAGGCUCCAGCGACGAUGUUUACGGACUUUAUGCCUAGCAAUUAUAUUGCUUUAAGCAAUUUGCAUUUUAAAUAAUAUUUUCUAUAACACUUAAUUAUCUUAUGAGCAACUAAAUGGUGUUGUUUCCAAAACAGUUUCAUUAAAGUUAAAUAUACAGAUAUUACUAGGUACAUGCUAUAAAUUGUCAAUACCUGGACCAAAUUUAUGCAUUAUUUUUAAUUGUAUUUAGCAAAACUAUACGCAAAUAUGAGAUUAUUUUUCUAAUCAAAAUACGAAUGAGAAAAAUCAAGAUUUAAUUUAAUUAUUACUUGAUUAAUAAAGAUAAAUGAAUAUUU